AUGACUAUUCCUCCGUAUUUCGAACAACAUCUGGACAACAACGUCCCAACAACACUUACUGCCAAGGUCAGAGCAGCCCGUAGGAAACCAGUGGCGAGUCCUUCUUCUUAUAUCGUGAUGUUGCGGGCUCUCGAAUACGAUCUAGAGAACCUCUCCGGCAGCCUUCCCUUAGCUUCCCUCGCCAACCUCAGCUCCUCCUUCAGCCUCUCUAUCUCCUUCAAACCCUUCAUCUCACUUUUCUCCAUCAAUCAAACAACUCACUACCCAUUGCCCUGCAGCUGCCGCACCAACAGUCCCUCUUCGAGGUCACAGAGACUUAAACAACACAACACCAACAACAACACCAAGAACCACAACCAACCCAACACAUCAACACUCAAGGACUACAACCCAACAACAACCAAGGACAACAAUAGCACAACAACCCCAAAGAACACCACCACAAAACAACGACAGCACAACAAUAACACAACCACCAAAGAACACAACCACAAAACAACACAGCAAACAACCAAGAAACACAACCACGACCUCACACCUAACAAAAACUCAACAAAAGACCACUGCACGAACAACACAAAAAAAGCAACAUACACCCCCAGAACCAAAGAAAACUCAACCUGCUGGAGAGGUUCUCUAGACCGUACUCGAGAGCCAGCAACAUCACGAUAUAAGAAGAAGGACUCGCCACUGGAACUGUAA